UUUUAUAAAAGAAGAUGAUAAGGUCAUUUUUUAAAUAUUGCUUUAAUAAUUAAUGUGUAAACAUAAAAAUGGCUUCUUCUGAAAUUGAUGAUUUACUGUCUGGACCAUUGGUAACUUGGUUUACCAGUUGCCUUGAGGAUCCUAAUUUGUUAACAAGUUAUGAUGAUUUGGUAGAUGGCAUAUUAUUGCAUAAUGUGUUUUUACAAAUAGAUCCAGAACCUCUAUGCGAUGAAAUAAUACCUCCAGAAGGAAGUGCAUUAAUCCGCACAAAGAAUUUAAGAGCUGUGGUAGAUAACAUGAAACAGUUUUACGAAGAAGAAUUAGGUCAUUUAGUUCUAAGGUUACCAGAUACCAUGAAUUUAGGCAAAGAACCAGAACAUUAUGUUGCAGAAAUGAAAUUAUUAUUACUGUUACUCCUUGGUUGUGCUGUACAGUGUCCUAAUAAAGAAAAAUUUAUUACAAAUAUUAAAAUAUUGAAUGUAGACACACAGCUUGCAAUAGUGGAAUGUAUUAAACAAGUCACAGAUAAUCAGGAUAUAGUUAUUACUCAAGAUGCAAUGGAAAAUGUAAAUAUGGGUUGUUUAUUUGUGCAACUAAAAAGAUUGACUCAAGAAUUGGAUUUAUUUCGUCAGAAAUGGAGAAAUACUGUUAUAAAUGAAAAUGUUGAAAGAAAUGAUUCGUCCAUUAGUGGAGAAGCUGAAGAAAUAAAUAAGGCACAACAAUCUAAUCUUAUUAUUAAAUCAGAGCAUGAAGAGAAUCAUCAUUAUGCUGUUGAAUUGGCUGAUUGGAAAUCAAGAGUUAGAAAACAACGUCAGGAAUUAGAAGAAAAAACUGAAGCUCUAUUAGAGUGUAAAGAAGAACUUGAAUAUCAUAAAAUGUUAGUAACUAAAUUAAAACAAGAGAAUCAAGAUUUGAUGCAUGAAGCACGCACAGCAAAAUCUUAUAGAGAUGAAUUAGAUGCGGUAAUUGAAAGAGCUGAUCGCGCUGAUCGAUUAGAAUUAGAAGUAGUAAGAUACCGGGAAAAACUUACGGACAUUGAAUUUUAUAAAACUCGUAUAGAAGAAUUACGUGAAGAUAACAGAGUUUUAAUGGAGACCAGAGAAAUGCUUGAAGAUCAAUUGAAUUCAUCGCGAAGAAGAGCAGACAAAGUGUUAGAGCUUGAAUCUGAAAUUAUUAAAUACAAACAGUUAUUGAACGACAUGGCGUUGGAACGCGCAGCUGAUAAAGAGAAGUACCAAGAAUUGGUCGAAGAAAAUACACAAUUGCAGAAAUUAACAAAAGCUGCUGCGAAUGAAGCUGCUUUAGCCGAUUCUAUAAGCGAUUCUGAAGAACCUGCACACGCUGAUAAUAGAUUAUCUGAACAGUUGACAAAUAAUGCACAAACAAGAGCACUAAAAUUAGAAUUAGAAAACCGCCGACUAGUCACUUUAAUAGAUUCUUUAAAAGAAAAUUCAUUUCACGAGACUUCGUCUCGCGUAUUAGAAUUAGAAAAGGAAAAGAAAAAACUGUCGUUAAAAAUUGAAUCAUUAAAUGACAAUAUCGAACGAUUAACGCAACAAAAUUCAGAUCUGGAACUAGUAUGGAAACAAGCUUUAGAGGAGAAUAAGAAACUACAUAACUCGUUAAAAAAUCAAAAAACGUCGUCUGAGAAACAGCAACAAGAAUUUCAAGUUCAGCAUACAAAAAUGGUAGAAUUAGAAAAAAAUUAUGAUACGGCAGUGAAAGAAAAACAACGAGUACAAACUCUGUUGGAAAGUGUACAAAGACGUGCAGAUGAUUUAGAACGUAAUUUAGAAGUUGCAAAUCAAAAAGUUGAAGAAUUAAAAAUUCUUGAAACAAAUAUACAAGAAAUUAAUUCCAAGUGUCAUGAUCUCGAAUCAAAGCUUGUAGCGACUGAAAAGGAAAAAGACAUAGCGCAACGCGAUAUACAUCGUUAUCGCGAAACAAUUGAAGAAAAAGAUGUUGCAUUAGAUAAAGCAGCAAAUAGUAUUGAAGUUUUAGAAAGGAAAGUAAAACAACUUGAAGAGGAACUUCACGAUUCUGUUACACAGAUUUCAAGGUUGCAAGAAAUUGAACGGUCUAGUAAGGAACUCGAUUCACGAGCCGCUAUUGAUAGAGAAACAUUGGAAAUUUUACAGUCUAAUUUAGUAGCUGAAAAAUUGAGUACUCAACAAUUGUACACAGUUUUAGAAAAGCUUGGGCUUAGUGAUAACAUGUUGUUAUCACUUUCAUUGGACGAUAUCCUUAAAAAAAUCGCAGAAAUUCCAGAGGUGGUUAAUUAUGUAAAAGAAUCAAACGAUUCUUGUUGCGACAAAUCAGUACCUGAGUCUGUGAACUUUGAAAACAGUGAAACUACUAAUAUUCAUAGCACUUUGGAAGCAACGGUAGAAUCACUCAAGAGGGAGCAAGAACAUUUACAAAUGAAAUUAGUUACUGCACAAACAGCAUCAGAAAAUCUGUUAUCUGAAAAUGCAAAACUUCAAGUGCAAAUAACAACAUUACAAUCUCAAAAUAACUCCUUGACAGCACAACAUACGGCCUUGCAACUUGCCAAUUCCCAGCUUGUUGCUGAGAAAGAAGAGGUGCGCAUUUAUGAUGUCGAUUUUUUUUUACUAAAACAACGUAGCACACAACAACAGGCACAUAUAAAACUUGUUCAUGAUCAAGUCACUUUACAAUCUUUACAUGAACAAUUGAAUAAUGAGUAUGAAAAUUUAUUCCAUGAACAUGAUACUCUAAAAUCAAAUCUGCGAGAUGUAAAAAAUGAAAUUAGAAUGUUACGUGAAUCUUACGAAGGAUUAAAAGAAAAGAAUAAAUUAUUGCAAACUGAAAAGGAAUCAUUGGUGAAAGACGCGAAUAGUUUAAAUAAUUUACGAGGAGAACAUUCGAAAUUAAAGGAUGACUUCAGAAAUUUAUAUACUGCUACAGAAAAGUUAAAAAUGGAAUAUAGAAAUUUGCAAGAAGAUUAUAGAAAAAAUAAAAUUGAAACUAAUCGAGUAAGCCUUAAACUAACAGAGAUGCAAGGUGAACUUAGCAGUAGAGACGAGAGAUGUUCGAAUUUAGAACUUCAAGUGAAUAAACUAAAUCAACGUUGCGAAGUGUUAUUGCAUAUGAAUUCCGGUUUAGAUAAUGAUAGAAGAUCAUUAAUGGAUCACAUUAGUUUAUUAUUUAGUCAGUAUCAUGAACUUUUGACUCAUUCCUUGGAAGAUAAAGAGCAUUAUCAUAUGGAAGAAAAAAUGUAUACAGAUACAGUGAAUUAUUUAUACAGACAAAAAGAAAAAUUAGAAGAUAAGAUCAUGGAGCAUUACAAAAAGUUGGAAAGUUGUACUGCAAAAAAGAAAGGAUUUGGAUCCAAUUUGGUACGAAGAGUUCGGAAAGCUUCAGAAUUUCUUAAUAAGAAUCGACGAUCUUGGGCAGAAGAUUCCAAACAUUCAGAAGGAAAAAUAUAUGAAUCAGAAUCUGGAGGAAAUGACUCGGAUGCUAGUACAGAAGAUCAUCGAUUAGCAGGAUCCACUAGGGGUCUUGGAUCUGAUGCAUUGUCUCUUGGUCAUCCAGGAACUAGAAGGACAGUAUAUUAUACUGAUGAUUCUCCACCCCCAUCAGCUAAUUUACCAGAACAAGGAGAUGAUAGACGUUCAAUUCUUUUGGAACAAACACCACGACCAGAAGUACAAGUAGAACCUCGACCAGUUUUGAUAUAUAACAAAGUAUCAGCAGUUAUAAACGAAUCAAAAAAUCUUAAUAAUAGCGAUAUGAAAGAUGUAGGGCAAGAAGAAAUUGUGGAAACUCCGGUCGAUAAAGAUACAAAAGCAGGCAAUCCAGUGUGGUACGAGUACGGUUGUGUAUGAUUUUAUAUUCAUUGCAUUUAUUGUGUGCUUAUCACAAAAUUUGCGCUUUUUACUGUGUAUUACAAUAAUGUAACUCUACUUUUUAAUCAUUUAAUUUAACGAAUGUUUUUUACAAUUCGUACGAUAAUUGAAUGUUUCAAAAGACUUUAUAUGAUAGUAAUUGUAAUUGAGCAUUUACGAGUUCCUAGAAAACUUUUAUGGCAGCAGUGAAUAUUGCCAAUUUAUUUUCAAAUGCAGUAUUUAUUUUACACUUGAUAUUUUUAAUAUAUCAUUUAUUAACGUGUUUUCAUACAAAUUUAUACAUUUGUUCCGAUUUAUUGUAUUUAUAAAUAGUUAAAUAAUUUAUAAAUAAUUAACUGUACAUCAGGAUAUAUGUAAUAAUACGAGAUACGCAUUUUCUUUUGAAAAUAGCGUAACGAUGUGUGUACAGUGCUAAUUACGUGACAUAAAUAUUCAACGAAUAUUGCCAAUA